UCUGGCAACACGGACUACAAAAAGGGUCAUCGCCUUACUAUCCGGAAGGUCUUUCUCUCAGGGCCUGGACAGAUCACAUCACCCGGACCGUGUUUUUCAUAUUCCCUACUUCACAACCGUUUUUUAUCUGCAUUAUUUUCGGGUGUCUUUUAUGAAUAAUCAAAAGCAGCAAAAGCCAACGCUUACCGGCCAGCGCUUCAAAACUAGGAAAAGAGAUGAAAAGGAGAGAUUUGACCCUACUCAAUUCCAAGAAAGUAUCGUACAAGGCUUGAACCAAACUGGCUCAGAUUUGGAAGCGGUCGCCAAGUUCCUGGACGCCUCUGGGGCCAAACUCGACUACCGACGCUAUGCCGAGACCCUGUUUGACAUCCUGGUGGCUGGCGGCAUGUUGGCCCCGGGCGGGACUCUGUCCGACGACAUGACCCGCACAGAGUUCUGCCUCUUCACGGCCAACGAGGACCUGGAGACCAUGCAGGCCUACGCUCAGGUUUUUAACAAGCUGAUCCGGCGAUACAAAUACCUGGAAAAGGGGUUUGAGGAGGAGAUCAAAAAGUUGCUGCUGUUUCUCAAGGGCUUCGACGAGUCUGAGCGCAACAAGCUCGCCAUGCUGGCGGGAAUCCUGCUGGCCAACGGCAACAUAUCUGCCUCCAUCCUCAACAGCCUUUACAACGAGAACCUCGUCAAAGAAGGAGUUUCCGCUGCCUUCGCUGUCAAGCUGUUCAAGUCCUGGAUCUACGAGAAGGAUAUCAACUGUGUGGCCUGCUCUCUCCGCAAAGUGGGCAUGGACAACCGCCUCGUGGAACUAUUCCCGGCCAACAAGCGCAGCCCGGAGCAAUUCUCCAAGUACUUCACCGACGCCGGCCUCAAGGAGCUGGCCGACUUCGCCCGCAACCAGCUGUCGAUCGGCGCCCGCAAGGAGCUGCAGAAGGAGCUCCAUGAGCAGAUGGCCCGCGGGGACCCCCAGAGAGAGAUCAUCACCUACACCCGAGAGGAGAUGAAGAAGGCGGGCCUCUCGGAGCAGGCCAUGAUCAGCAUCAUCUGGAGCAGCUUGAUGAGCUGUGUGGAGUGGAACAAGAAGGAGGAGCUGGUCACAGAACAAGCCAUCAAACACUUGAAGCAAUACAGCCCCCUUCUGAAAGCCUUCACCUCCCAGGGCCAGUCAGAGAUCAGUCUGCUGGUCAAGGUCCAGGAGUACUGCUACGACAACAUCCACUUCAUGAAGGCCUUCCAGAAGAUCGUGGUGCUCCUCUAUAAAGCUGACGUGUUGAGCGAGGAGGCCAUCCUCAAGUGGUACAGCGAAGGCCAACAGAACAAGGGAAAGGGCAUGUUCCUGGAGCAGAUGAAGAAGUUCGUCGAGUGGCUGAAGAACGCAGAGGAAGAAUCAGAAUCUGAGGAAGACGAGGCCGACUGAGACCCAGAGAUGACUUUCUUACAGUCCCAGGAGCUGUCCCCCCUUCCUCUUCCUCCUUACAUCCCCCCGUCUGAAUGGUUCUUUGUCGCUGAUUAGCCCCGCCCCCCAGGGAAACAUUCCAUGUAGAAUUGACAACCCGAGCCACCGCCGACGGCCCACAAAAAUUCCAAGUUGUCAUUUUUUCAAACCUUGAAAUUUGAAAAAUAAUUGCCAAAUGUAAACGUCAUGGCUGCUCUGUAAGGGCUCGCCGCGUCGAAAACUUUAGUGUUCAUCUCCGUGCGGGGAUUUCAUAUUUGUACGAGUUGUCGCCACCUUGAAACUAUCUCACUCAACCCCCCCCCAAAAAUUUCCUCGCAGCCAACUCUUAUCUUGGUUUCGUACUUCCAAUUGACUUUUAUAUGGAAUAAAAUAUUAUUGAAAUUA